UUGCGAGCGAUAAAGAACCACUUUCACAUUCCUACUUCGUAUGAAACCGACCUAUGUGUAGGUAGGUAUUUACCUAUGAACAAACUCGAAUCUCAGUUUGACAGCCAGUAUGCAUGUAUUGGGUAUUGCACAAGUACAUGCGAUAUGCAUCUUUAUCAUAUUGUAUCCUCACUCACUGGAUACAGGCAUAUCUUGGUUGUACUAUGGAAUGCAUCCUCCCUCGUUGGCCCUUGCCUCACUAUACCGUCUCUUUGUGCCUAUCAAUGUUGCUGCCUUGACCUUUCUUUUCAUGAGAGGACCCCAAGAUAUCGUGACCUCAAGUAUCAGGCCAGAUCAAAGACUCAAUACGUACCAAGUACUUUUUUUUCUCUCUCUUUCUCAGCGAAACUUUCUUAUCACCUCAAUCUCGCCUACCUCCAUUUGCUGAUGGCAUUUGUGAUUGCAAAUCAACUCUUUCCCGAAUUCGCGUUUCAAAAAAAAAAAAAAAAAAAAAAAAACUUGCCAACACUGCAUGGGUUCAGCGGCAAUCAAUCCACGACGCUCAUCCCACUUUAAAACUAAUAGCGUUAACUGCAUACAGCGACCAGGCGUUUGAAGACGCUCGUACAAGGCAGCGGAAGUCGUGAUUGUGAAUCAUCCCGAGGGUAUGACGUCCAAUAUGCAAACAAGGGUAGUUGAGUGGCUUUGGUGACCUUUGAUAAGCUUCAUCGAUUAGACCACGUGGACCGUCAGUACAUGGUUAGCAACCGAGAGCAGAAUUCCUUGGUCACUUUACGGCUCUGGCUCGAUGCUAUCAUGCUUUCGCCAAAAGGCCAUCCUGGAUUCUUUUUACUGAUAUUUGAUCGACUAUUCUUCCCUGUCGAGAAUGGAAAAUGCUGGAGCGGAGAAGACUGGGAUUCUGAAAGGCUCAAGACUGAACUCGAUCUGCUAAAAAAUAUCUUUCGACAACAGCUUGCGCCCUCCCAUUUCUCUGCGCGCAACUAUGGAAGAGGCUCGUAUCUCUCUUCCUGUACAAAAGCUGUCCCGAAUUUCCACCCUCACGCGCAACCAAAUCAAUGACGCUUUGACAUUACUGCCAAGUGGGAAAGGAAUUCCAUGGAUCGCUAAUGUCGCAGGAUUGUCGUCCAGUGCUCCUGUUCAGCUGGGCCUGGCGGGCCUAGGCCUUCUGUCCUUGCUGAUGACACUGUGGACCGGGCGCUCGAGUGACAUCUCCAAGGAAACAUAUUCAACUCUGAACGGCGUCGACGACAGAAGAUUUCACCUACAAGCAAACUUAUUAGAUUCAGUCUCCCUCAUCGCUCGUCUUAUGGCAUUCUCGCUCAUGAUCUUUAACGCUUACGAGAACAGCGUAAGAGAUUAUGCAAUAUCUAUCAUCAUGAUUAUCUGUCUCUGCGGAAUAGGACAGUUUGUGACCAGUACUAAGCCGCGGCAUCGGAAAAUAUACCUGGUCCAUGGAGUCGGGCUACUUUGCGGACUUCUCGUUCUUCUAACUGCCCAAGAGCUGCUUCCUUGGCUCGACAACGCUUCAGACCAUAAACAGAAUCGUGUAUUGGAUUACGCCAUGACUUCUCUCGCGAUAGCUUUGCUGGCCACUGCGCUGACACCGCUUGAGCGGCCUCUCCCAGUGGCGCUUCUGAGGCUCACAGAAGUCGGUAUGGAAGAAGAGGAUAGCACAUUACCGAGUACACAAGAAUCAACGUCCUGGCUGAACGGCUUCUUCUGGUAUGGGUGGCUGUAUGGUAUAGUCCACAAAGCUUGGCACAAAGACGGCUGCAUCAACUUGGAAGACCUACCGAUGCUUUCCAGAUCAGAUCGCCCUGUUCUGCUUCUCGAGGAGAUUCGAAAUGCAAGGUUCUCAAGCCCACUGCCCUGGUAUGUGAGGCCAAGCUGGUUCGCCAACGGAUUUGGCUUUCUUCCGUUUCUGUCCCACAGAUACUGGCCGUCGCUCUUCUGGUUCCCUUCUCCUGGCCCGGAGUUUUUGCAGGCGACUAUUCCCACGAGAACAACUGCUUGGACUACCGUCGUCUUCCUCUUGCCUCAACUGACUCGUAUGAUAUUGUGGACCUCGCUUGCUGCCGUCUUUGCACUCCUGUCGCCGUUUGCAAUGAAGCAUUUGCUUUCAUCUGUCGAAAGUAGGGAGCAGCCAAGCCUCAACCCAUGGAUCUAGGUUAUCCUGGGCGGGCUGGGAUACUUUAUGCGAGCAGUUUUCGUUCAGCAGUACUACGCGAUUUCUACUCAGCUUUGCGUGCGUUUCAAGUCCUCAAUGACCCAGGAGCUUUACCACACAGCAAUGGAAAGCUUGGAAAUUGACGACUGCGUCGUGACUGCGCUGCUCGAGAGUGCAGGUAGCAAGGCAAAGGCCAAGAAGAAGUCGAAAGGGGCUAAGGCUACAGCGGCUGGGAAGCUGGUAAAUCUCAUGUCCUCUGAUAUUGAUGAAGUCUAUAAAGCAAGGGACUUUAUUAUCACCGCCUUCAACAUUCCGCUAGGACUUAUGCUGGCAACUUGGAUGCUUUGGGAUCUACUGGGUUGGCGGGCUGUCCCCGGGCUUAUCGUUGUUCUUGCUGGUCUUCGUCUGGCAAAGCUCGCCGCUACCAGGAUAGCUAAGGCCAAGAAGGCUGUCAAGAAAGCCCAAGAUCGUCGAGUGUCGCUUCUACACGAGUACACUACCUCAAUCCAGUGCCUGAAGCAGCUUUCUUGGGAAGACUUGGCCGCGGUGGCUAUUGGCAAGGUCCGCGCUGAAGAGCUGGCACAUCUCUGGACCUACAACCUUUGGUAUGCCAUCUCCAGUCAAGUCAUUGAGGCCAUACCCGUUUCCAUGGUUCUGGCAAUGUUCAUUCCCUUUGCAUGGGGAAAUCACCCACUGUCGGCAUCUCUGGCAUUUACAACAGUAUCACUCUGCGGUUCGCUUCGUGCAGGCCUUACUACUGUCAACGCCACGGUUCGAAAGUACGAAUCGGCCUUGAUAUCGCUCAACAGGCUAGACAAGUAUUUCAAAAGUGUGACGCCGUUGACAACUUAUCCUACAGGCAGCCUAAGUAUACAUAACGCAUCAUUUUAUAGGCGCCGGAGUGACACCAUGUUAGCACUCAAAAACAUCAAUCUAGACGUGCACGAUUUGGUCGAAGGGCAACUCAAUGUUCUCACGGGUAAGAGCGGGAGUGGGAAGACAAUGCUCUUAAGAUCAAUUCUCGGCGAGACUCUGAUGGAUGGUGGAGAUGCCUUCAUGACGCGGCCUAGGGACAUUGUCUAUGCAUCUCAGACACCUUGGCUGAUGAACCAAAGCAUAAAGCUAAACAUCAUUCUUGGAAAAGGUUUCGAUGAGCAGAGAUACCACAGGGUUGUUCAGGCGUGCUCGCUCAACCCUGACCUUGCAUUGUUACCCCAUGGCGAUGAGACUGCCGUAGGACCCAAUGGCUCGAGCCUAUCAGGUGGUCAACGGAGCCGCAUCGCCCUGGCUCGAACUCUAUAUGCAGCUGACACGGCAUCUCUUGUCUUGCUUGAUGAUGUGUUUGCGGCGCUCGACACCCGUACCAUAGCCAAAGUGUGGCAAGAAUGCUUCUGUGGAGAAGGUUCUCUUUUGGACAACAAGACAGUUCUUCUUGUGACUCAGUUGGCCUCAAUCAGGGGGCAAGCUGCAGCUGUGAUAAAGAUGCGUAAUGGUGAAGUUGUACGCACUUAUCAUCCGGCUCGAAUAUCUCCGAGACAUGACCUCGGGGCCGUGGCAACAUCCAAUGACAAUAUCACCGCUACUCCUGAGACCCAAAAGCUCUCGGUAGCUUCCAAGCCCAACAGCAGACCGACUGGCCUCUUGGCGUUGAGCAAAUACCAGACGAGCGAGGAUGUCAAUAAAGGUGCUGCCAAGGGCCAAAGGGAUCAAGCGCUAUUCAUCGCUAUAUGGCAGUACUUACAAAGGUUUGGCGGUUCUAGGUACUGGGCCGUUUGCUGUCUCGUCACGUUAGCGGCCAGCCUUGUACCCCUUCUGCCGCCAUGGGCUCUGUCAAAGUGGGCUCAAAGCUCGGAUGUAGACCACGGCAAAUAUUUCUCGGGUCCCAAAGGUCAUCUGGUUAUAUUCUUUGGGCUUUCCCUUGUCGAGGCUGGCCUCACCAUGGGUAUGCACAUCAUGUUUGCCCGCGGUGCCUGGCAGGCGGCCAACCGGCUCAACAACGAGGCAGUCCUGGCAAUCAUGGAGGCAUCCCCAAAGUGGCACUCGCAAGAGAUCCCGGGAAGCAUCGUCACCUGCCUCACCAAGGACCUAGAUUCGCUCGACACCGACCUCGGGCGGAGCUUGCUGAACGUCAUUCGGCUGGUGCUGCAGACCAUCUCGCGCAUCGUGGUCACGGCGUCAAUCAUAACUGAUUUUAUCUGGCCGGCCCUGACCUGCUGCGUCCUCGCCGCUGUAGUCGGCCGCGCUUACAGCAAAACUACAAGGCCCGUCAAGAAUCUCGUUCAGGCAGCCCGGAGCCCCGUGUUUACUCUAUACUCGGAGACUCUCGGGGGUCUGGCUAUCUUGCGGGCCGCGAGGGAUCCUGGACCGACUGCCAUGAGAGUCGUGUUUGGGAAGAUGUUGGCGCACAAGCUCCUUGUCUACUCGCGAGCCCUAGCUACACAGCUCAAUCUCGGCCGAUGGCUAGCCAUUCACGUUGAGGCCCUGGCCAUGCUACUCUCUGUGGCAGCAGGGGCCAUUGCGCUCUUGAGGAAGGAUUCUCUGUUGAGCAACGGUACACCAGCGGCCAGUUUGGCUUUGUCGAUACACCAUGCUGUUGCUCUAGGGGAUGUCAGCCUGAAGUUGAUAAAGGCCUGGAGUGAUCUCGAUAUGGAAAUAAAUGCCCUCACCCGGAUUCUGCAUCUUGCUGAGGCCGAGCCAGAAGAUAUAGACGACAGUGAGCACACAAUAUAUAACAUGGAGGAUGGAGUCUGGCCGAGAUGCGGAAGUAUCAGGUUUACGAACGUAACGGCCAAGUAUGACCAAAGCGACAAAUUGGUUCUUAAGGACGUUACUCUGGAGAUCAAGCCAGGCGAGAGGGUCGCGAUAGUCGGCCGGACAGGGGCAGGAAAGUCUUCCAUCAUCCAGACUCUUCUCCGUCGCACGCAAGUUGUAUCAGGCAGCGUCGAGAUCGACGGAGUUGACAUCAGGGCUGUGUCGCGUAAAAGGUUGCGUGGAAGCGUUGCGUAUAUCCCUCAAGACGCCGUACUAUUCAACGGUUCGAUUCGUGACAACCUAACACUUGGUGAGAGCAUUGAGGACAAGUUACUCUACAAGACGCUGAAAGACUGUGCCAAAGCGGCUGGUUGGAAUGUCGAGGCGCUCAGCGAUACGGAAACGCCCAGCCAGGACGAUGCUGCCGUGACUAUUCUACAUAUUCCCUCCACCGAAGAGACAUCGGAGCAUAGCCCACUGCUGCCACGGCAUCUUGCAGGUGCUGCACCGUCUCCAGUUACCGGUUGGCCAUGGAGUGUCUACAGCAAGGCAGUCAAUGCCGCAGCUAGACUUUACAGUUGGACACGCAAUUUGCCUACAGAAAGACGACCCAGAGAUAUCAAUUUCGCAGGCCUUCGAAUCUCCCGUUUGGAAUCGGAAAUAGAUACCCAGAAUGAAGGCCACUGUGCCAUCAGAACUGAGGAAACCGGCCCCAGCAGCGCCUACCUCAAUGAUGGGAUGCUUGUCAAUCACCGAGGCACUACUAUACGUCUUUCCACGCAGGUCGGGGCGGGCGGGCAGAACUUCUCCCAUGGUGAGCGGCAGGUCCUCUCGCUCGCUCGGGCUCUGGUGCGCGGCCGGGCGAACAACGGUAGAGCGGGCAAGGUGUUCCUCAUGGAUGAGGCCACAUCGUCCAUGGAUCCUAAAAUGGACAGGGCAAUCCAAGCGGUUAUCCGGCGCGAGGUCGGCCUACCGUCCGAAGCUGGCCGCGGCGGAAACAGCAGCAAUAGCGACAUGGAUGAAGGCGGGAGUUUGUCGACACAGCGUGGUGCAGCCCAGUCAAGACCGAGCAUACAGACAACCUACGAGCAGGAUGCUGCUCCAAAGGGCCGUACCCUCGUCACCAUCGCGCACAGGCUGCAGACCAUCCGGGACUAUGACAAGAUUGUCGUGAUGGACGAGGGGAGGAUCGUCCAGGUGGGCUGCUGGGAGACUCUGAUCAGGGAUUCCAAUGGGCUGUUUGCAAAGAUGGUGGAGGCCACGGGCGAAGACGGCCUUGUAGCGGCAGACGGUCAGCCAGGGCCUUCGGUUGCGAGAGGGUCAAAUCUCAGCGUCUCUUGAUAUCUAAGACGGCCGUGAAAUUCACGGUAUGAGUUUGUGACAUGCUGCAGAAGCUGUGUGGUGAAAUACGUGGGAAGCUUGCCCCAGCGUGCACCCAUAUGUGGAGUGGAGUUUAACAUAGCGAAGAAGCUUUGUAGCUUACACUAAACCAAGCGUUUAUUAAUCUUACUCACCAUGGCUG